GACGUGGUCGACUAUGGCGGAAUGUAGCCAAGUUGACAGCAACGACGCGAGCCGUCACCAUACGAUGGAUAAAAGCAUCACUCUCCCUCCAGACGAAAUAUUCCGGAACUUGGAGAACGCCAAGCGCUUCGCCAUAGACAUAGGUGGAUCUCUCACCAAACUCGCGUAUUACUCCACAGUUCAGCACAAAGUGGCCAAAGUCCGCUCCUUCGAGCACUCCGCUAAGGAAGCAGCCGACAAACUUUACGAGAUCUCAGUUCAAGAGGAGGUGACAGCACGCCUGCAUUUCAUCAAGUUUGAGAAUGCCUACAUCGAAACUUGCUUGGACUUCAUCAAAGACCACCUGGUCAACACCGACACCAAAGUCAUCAAGGCCACGGGCGGCGGGGCACAUAAAUUCAAAGAGCUGCUCGAGAAGAAACUGAGACUCAAAGUGGACAAGGAGGACGAGAUGACAUGUCUGAUCAAGGGCUGCAACUUUGUGCUGAGGAACAUCCCCCACGAGGCCUUCGUGUACGCCAAGCACGCCGAUUCAGAGUUCCGCUUCCAGACCACCCAGCCCGAUAUUUUUCCCUACCUGCUCGUCAACAUCGGAUCCGGGGUGUCCAUCGUCAAGGUGGAAUCGGAAGACAAAUUCGAGCGCAUCGGAGGAAGCUCCAUAGGUGGCGGGACGUUCUGGGGUCUUGGGGCCUUACUCACCAAAACAAAGAGGUUUGACGAGCUUCUCCAACUGGCAUCCAAGGGCCAGCACACCAGCGUGGACAUGCUGGUCAAGGACAUUUACGGCGGAUCCUACGGUUCUCUCGGCCUCACGGGCGACCUGAUCGCCAGCAGCUUCGGGAAGUCCGCCACUGCCGACAAAGAGUUCUCCAAAGAGGACAUGGCCAAGAGUUUGCUGCACAUGAUCAGCAACGACAUCGGGCAGCUGGCCUGCCUGUACGCCAAACUCCACAAGCUGUCGCGGGUCUACUUCGGGGGCUUCUUUAUCAGGGGGCAUCCUGUCACAAUGCAUACCAUUACCUACAGCAUCAACUUCUUCACCAAGGGGGAAGUGCAGGCCUUGUUUCUGAGGCACGAAGGCUAUCUGGGGGCCAUUGGAGCUUUUCUCAAAGGCGCGGAGGAAGACAAUCCAAACCAGUACAGCUGGGGUGAGAAUUACGCAGGAAGCUCAGGCUUGAUGAGCAUCUCUCCAGAAAUGAACCCCAUGCAACGCGCACGAAGCGGAACGUUCGACAUGCUAGAAAUGGAUCGCCUGGAGCGGCAGCUAGUCAAUCUUCAUCUGCUCCAGGACCCUUCUUCGUACAUCCCCGACACGGUGGACCUCACCGAGGACGCUCCGGCCCGGGAAUAUUGGCUGGACUGUUUCGAGGAGGCUCUGGAUGGCGUGGUGAAGCGGGCAGUAGCCAGUCAGCCCGACAUUGCCGAAUCGGUGGAGCGGGCCGAGAAAUUUCGUCACAAAUACAGACACAAGCUUCAGACGUUGCGACAUCAACCUUUCGCUUACGGAUCUCUCACAGUCAGAAGUCUUCUAGACACAAGAGAGCACUGUUUAAACGAGUUCAACUUCCCCGACCCGUAUUCCAAGAUCAAACAGAGGGAGAACGACGGGGCGCUCAAGUACUACCAGAAGGUGGUGAUGUGCUUGGAGGCGCUCGACUGGGAGGAAAAACAAUUUGCGUUGGUCCGGGGCGUCCUGGCAGGGAAUGUCUUCGAUUGGGGAGCUAAGGCGGUGUCGGAUGUCCUGGAAUCAGACCCAGAGUUUGGCUUUCAGGAAGCAAAAAUGCAGCUAGAAGAGCGGCCGUGGCUGGUGGAUUCCUACGACCAGUGGCUCCAAAGACUGAAGGGGCGUCCUCACAAGUGUGCCUUGUUUUUCGUAGAUAAUAGCGGCGUAGACAUCAUUCUAGGGGUGAUGCCUUUAGUCAGGGAGCUUCUGUCGAGGGGAACGGAGGUGGUGCUGGCCAGCAACUCUGGUCCGGCUCUAAACGACGUCACAAACGGCGAGCUGCAGAUUCUAACGGAGAGGAUCGCCGCUAUGGAUCCGGUCAUUCAGGCGGGGCUCAAGGACGACAGGCUGACCUUGAUUCAGAGCGGUUCCAGUUCUCCCUGCUUGGAUCUGAGCCGCUUGGACAAAGUUCUGGCUAUGGUCGUGCGCGAGCGUCACACGGACCUGGUGAUCAUCGAGGGAAUGGGGCGAGCCAUCCACACCAACUACUACGCCACGCUCAGCUGCGAGAGCCUCAAGAUGGCCGUCAUCAAGAACUCCUGGCUUGCCGAUCGACUUGGUGGCAAACUUUUCAGCGUGGUUUUCAAGUAUGAGGUGCCACCCGUGGUUCCCCACGCCUACUCCGUGUAAGCGCCGGGAGGAUUUUAUGGGACUGAACCUAAUGAAUGUAUGGCGAAUGAGUGAAUGUUUUACAGGUGUUGAGAAGUAUUACAUUCUUUUUAAAAAUGUGUCAUUGAUUAUUUUGCUUUAUUUACUGUAUUCAGACUGGAUUUACACUGCAGGUCCGAGUGCACCGACAAUAUUUCGGUACCAUUAACGAAGAUAGACGUGCAAUCGUUUUAAGCAUUCAAAAGGGAUUGGACGUCUAUCUUCAUCAAUGGCAGUGAAUGAAUUAGGAAAAUGUGUCAUAUUGACGUUUACGGGUAUCUAGGGCUUAUGAAAACGUUGUACUUUCACUCCGAUAUAAUAUUAGUGUGUUUAUACAUAACAAUUUUCACUUACCAUAGAUCACUAUCUGUUAUCAUAUUCAAGUGUCUACUGAGUGGACAGUCUAAAAUACGGAAUCGAUUAAUCGACCAAGUAAUUAAAAGAAUAAUCGGAUGAAUGUCACUUUUUUCAAUUACCUUCACAGUUUAACUUGAAGUUGUUUUAGGCAUGUUGUAAGUAACAAUGAAGACAAAAUCGAAUUUCGAAGCACACUCACUUGUAUGACAAUUUACAGAUUGAAUGGGAGAUUGUGUUGAGAUUAAGCCGUUAUGUGAAUGAGUUUAUGUGUGUGGUUUCUUUAUAAAAAGAAAUGUACUAUCAACUUUACUAUCGGACAAUCAGCCAAGCGCUAAUAUGCUUCUCCACAAUACAAACAGAUGCUUAGGACACUGAUUAGCAUAAUCGCUUAUUAGCUUAGCGCUCGGUGAUAAGUACAGUAGUAACGUUUCAUCAACAACGAAUACAAACAAUGGAAUUGGCUUCAUUAAUCACCUCUGACAGAGGCACACUGGCAACCCAACCCGAGUGUAGCAGUGAACUCUCUCUCUCUUGUUCUAAUCAGUGGCACGCGCACGCAGCCCCACUUUACACACAAACAAGGACCCAAACAGGAAUGCUCAUCGCUGCCGGCAAAAAUUGAUGAGCAAAUUCAUUGGGAACUAAUUUAUUAAACAAUUUAAUCGAUUAGGUGUUGCAGCCUCAUUAAGAAGCUAGUUUGGGUUGUAAGAUGUCCGAAAAUUGCCAAAAAUGUGAGUUGUUGUUUUCCAAAGUAAAAGCAGAUUUUUUUUCAUGUGUUACUUUGACUUAUUACAAAUAUGAAGACAUCUGAUCAUAUUUACCGUAUUGGCCAGAAUAUAAGACGGUGUUUUUUGCAUUGAAAUAAGACUGAAAAAGUGGGGGUCGUCUUAUAUUCGCAGUCUAGACGUUAUACCCAUUCAUGACGUUAGAUGGCUCCAGAUAUCAUUGAAGCGAUGUUCUGUCAUGAGAGAUCUCGGCUACUCUCAAGGUUAACCAGUUUGCAUUAUUUUAUUGCAAUGUUUUUCCUUAUUCAGAUUUUUUUCAAGACUACAGUUACACUUCACUUUGAUGGUUAAUGCAGUUAUUGCAAUUUUGUUGUUUGGAUAGGUUUAUUUACAUUAAAAAAAACAGAAGCCAUUCAUUUACGAAUGUGAUUGCACUUUAGUUUACAUAUUUACAUGUUCAGAUAAUAAGAUUUGAAUGAGGCAAAAUAACAUGCUUUUUCUCUCAAAUAUGUUGUUAUAAUCAUUUGUUUCAGAUGUACUGCAAUUAUUUUCUGUAUAAAAAUUAAUUUGGUGUUCAAAAAGUCUUUUUUUCAAACUUGAGUCUUGAAAAAGGGGGUCGUCUUAUAAUCAGGGCCGUCUUAUAUUCGGGCCAAUAUGGUACAACUAAGAAGUUAAACUGUAUAUAGAGUGCCUUGCAAAAGUAUUCGGCCCUCUUGAAUCUUGCAACCUUUCGC